UUUUAUUAAAACUAUAGUUACUCCAUGCUUAAUUUUUCAAUAUAGGAUAAAAAUAUGCCGAAAAAAUUUUGGUCUUCAGUAAAUGUAAAAUUAUUGCCAAUGAAAAUGCAUUAUUUUUUAUUUCAUAUGGGAACUGCUCCAAUUUUUAUAAAUAUAGCAAUUGUUGCAAGGCAAAAAGGAUUUUCAUCAGGAGUAGUAGGUGUACUACUAACAGUUGUGAAUUUAUUGGGAAUGAUUUCAAAACCAAGUUUUGGAUGGAUGGCUGAUCGUUUUAAAUUACAUAAAACUAUUUUUAUUACAAUGCAAGGAAUAACGGCAUUAUCAUUUUUUUUAAUUUAUUUUGUACCAUCUUUUCCUAGUCAAGUUUUAGUUAGGAAUAAUUCAAACAACACCGAAAUAUAUUUCUGUCCAAGAAAUCCGAUAUGGGAUAAUUGUUUUGAAAACAGAAUUCAAAAUGAUGAGUCAAAAGUUUUUAAAUGUCAAUUGAGUUGCAAACUUAAUGAAGGUUUGAUGGAGAAACAACUGUGUGAUGAUUACAGGAGUAAUGAUUGCAUUUCAAAUAAGAAAACUGUUGAAUAUGAAAUUCUUAUUGAUAUUAAAACAAUUGAAAAAAAUUCAACUUGUUUAAUUAUGAAAGAUUUUAAAAAUAUUUCAAAUUCAUAUUUUAAUGAAGAACCAUCAAAUCCAAGAUUACAUAAUGUAAAGUGUGAAAUAAAUUGUGAAGAUCAAUUUUUAAAAAGCUCUUUGGCAAAUAGAGGAACUCUACCUGAUGAUGAAAUAAUUAAAAAAUAUGAAUUCUGGGUAUUUUGUGGAUUAUUUUUACUUGGCUAUUCUGCUUUUUCGGUGGUUUAUAGUAUGGCUGACACAAUUUGUUUUGAUUUACUCGGAGAGAAUGCUCAUUUGUUUGGAAAACAAAGAAUGUUUGAUUCAGUUGGUGCCGGAACAUCAGCCGUGGUUGUUGGGCUGACGAUCGAUCUAGUUUCAGGAUCUUCUUUAUUCAAAAAUUACACAAUUAUGUAUUUUGUUUGUCUUAUAUCGAUUUUGCUUAAUAUGAUUUCGUCUACAAACCUUAAAUUUACUCAAUCUAGGAAAUCAAAAAAUAUUAUAAAAGAUGUUGGCAAAUUAUUUAAAUCAGUUAAAAUAAUCACUUAUUUCUGUUGGUGUUGUUUUGCUGGAAUUUUCUCAGCAGUAAUUUGGAGUUUCGUUUUUUGGCAUUUAGAAGAAUUAUCAGAUGAAAUCACACAAAAUGAAUGUGGCGGAAAUUAUAUUAAGACAAUUGAAGGCUUAUGUAUAUUCGUUCAAACUUGCAUUGGUGAAAUACCAGUAUUCUUUUGGUCUGGAUAUCUUCUAAAAAAAUUUGGACAUGUCAAUUGUAUGCACAUUAUUAUUGGAGCAUUUGUAACUAGAUUUUUCUAUUAUUCAAUUUUAUCAAAUCCAUGGUGGGUUUUGCCAAUAGAAUCAUUAAAUGGUAUAACUUAUGGUUUAAUGUCAGCGACCAUGGCAUCGUAUGCCAAUUAUAUUUCAGAACCUGGAAUGGAAGCCACAAUUCAAGGACUUGUUGGUGCAUUUUUUCAAGGAGUUGGAGUUUCAAUUGGUAAUUUUGUUGCUGGAACUUUGUUUGAAUUUUUUAGUGGAAAAACGGCAUUUAUAAUAUUUGGAAGUGUAGGAUUAAGUUCACUUAUAGUUCAUAUUUUAGUGCAUGUAAUUUUAAAAGCAAAAUUUUUUUAAUUUUUUGCUGCAUUAGACUUUAAAAUAUUUAAUAUAUAUGUACAUAAUUGUUUGCCGUAAUUCAAUGUGUGACUAAGAAUAUUUCUAAAUUGAAAAGAUUUUAGCAUUUUUAUACACGGUACGAAUGAAUAUUUUUGAUCAGCAUCGAAUUCUGAGUUGAUGACAGCGAUAACUUAAAAGCCCAUUCAGCUAGGUCAAACAACUCUUCACCAAUUAAAAGGAGUUGUUACCACUGGAACUAUACUUUAUUUUGUGUUCUAUUAUUUAAAAGUAAUUUGGUUAUGUUUCAGUUUGGUAACUUGAUAAAUCAAAGUUUGGUUAUUAAAGUUGUAAAUAACUGUCAUACGAUUUGGAAAAAAAUUUACUUUUCACCCAUACAAAUUACAAAAUGUACGGAAAUCAAGUACAACAAAGUUUAUAGUAAUGAAACCAUGAAGUAUUAGGAUUGAAGUUUUUUAUUACGGUUCAAAAAAAAAAAAAAAGAUUUCAAAAAACAUUUGUAUGGGUACCACAGAAUUGAUUAAAAAUGUUUUUUGUACCAUCAAGAUAAAAUCAAAUUUUUUAUCAAGGAAGAUAAAAAAAAGGAAAUUAUUGAUUUCAUGUGUAUGCUCACAUCCGUAUGUCAACAUUUUGUGUUCUUGUGCAGAACACAAAUUUGGCUGCCUCUUGAUAAAAUAUAAAGGUAUAUAUGAAUAUCAUGAUGAUGAAUGCGGCGAAGAAAUAAUUUUUCAACUUUAAAUUCAGUUCGAAUACAAUUAUUUUGUCAGCUAUAACCAAAUAUAUAGAAACUUGCUUCUAAACAUGUAUGAUCUAUUGAGUACAUGCUGAAAUUUAAAAGUUUCUUAAAGAAAUUUUUUUGACGAUACCUAAUCGAUUGUGUUAAAUUUUUUAUUAUUAAAAAACGUUGUUAUAUAUAACAAAAACUAGGAAAUUUUACAAAAUUUUUAUUAACUAGAAAUAUAAGAAUUAAAAUAAUGUUAUACAAUUUAUUUUGUUACCCCUAUUUUUAAAAUAUUUGGGAUUAAAAUAAAAAGUAGGGGUUCGCAACAAGUACUUAAGUACCUACCUGUACAUUAAUUACUUAUGUUAUGAUUUUUUCAUACAUUCAUACAUUGUUUUCUUUUUAAAAUUAAAUUUGAAUAAAUUAAAAUAAUAUUAAAAUUUUAUUUUUACUCAUAGAGACUAGCUUAUU